GCGAAGAAUGUUCGUCUUCGCCCGGAGAAAUGUAACUAAUCAUUUCUCUGACUCAUCCUCCCCCUCUCUCUCUUUCCUCCAGACUGUCACUUCGUAACAGACUACUUUACACGGACGCCUCGUAAGCUGAAUGCAUUUCGGUCCUUCGCCAGCGUGGAGCUGUUCCACUUCAGUGUUCCUGAAGACACCGUGGUGGCUGUGUGGAACCUCAUCACCUUCAAGGAACAGGGAGGAACCUUCGGUGACAGCUGCCCCGACCGCAACGUCACCGUGUACUUCAGAUCAGGAGCCCCUCCAGUCAUCAACCCCCUCCACACUCGGUUCCCACAGGAUACCAUCGUCCCAGGGUCCUUUGCAGUCACUCUAACCUGGACUCUACCAAACCGCACCACAGGGGUGUUCAACGUGACCUCACCCCUCCCCGGGGACUGGUUUCUGGCUGCACACCUGCCCAAGGAUGAGGGAAAGAUCUCUGUCAAGGGUCUGUAUGAGGAGUGUCAGUAUCUCUUCCAGCCCCAGCUCAUCGUUCAGAGGCUGAUAGGGAUCUCUGUUCUCUAUCCUGGUUACUUCAUAGAACAGAUGGUUCCUGCCCACAACAGAUCUGUGCUCUACAAAGUGUUCAUCCCCAGUUACGUGUCCAGUGUAAAGGUCCAACUGGCUAACUGCAGCACACACCCCAGAGACCAACAAACCAGGGGACAGACGGGAGACACCAGGGGACAGACGGGAGACAGAGACAGUACUGGAGACAGCUGUUCUGUUGUCUUAAAGAUCAGAGCCAGAGCUCCUCCCGUCCACAACUCAUCAGCUCUGGACUGCAGGGAGUGGUCACCCUGUGAGCUUGACACACCCCUUCCUGCCUGGGAACACUGGUACUAUAUCCUGGUGGAGCGUUACCUAAGCAACCAGGACGUAUACUUCCGCAUCGGGGUGCAGGUCACAGAUUGCUCCAAAUCCAGCACUUCUAAGGGAUCCCCCUCCAGCUCCUCUUCUGGCCCCAGCUCUAACCUCAACCUGCCGCAGUCCUUUGGCAGUGCUAUGGGCUUCUCUCUCUCUGAAACGCUCCCUUCCACCCCUGCCGGACUCGCCGGCCUCCCCAGCCUCGCCCAGAACUCCUCUGCUUCGAACCCCGCUGGCCCCCUCCUCUCCCCCCAGGACAGUAUAACCCAUAUGGCUCCCAGCUCCGACCCCAACAGGUGCUGGCCCAUCCGGCCCACCCUGAGGAAUGAGCUGGACACCUUCUCCGUCCACUUCUACAUCUUUUUUGGUCCGAACAUCUCUGUUCCUCCGGACAGGGCUGCUGUGUUCUCCAUUAACCUCAUGCCUGUCCUGGACAGUGGAGGAGUCCUCAAUAUGGAACUCAAACUCAACCUGUCUUCGUUGAGAGGAGAGAACAUCACAGUGUUUGGCUGUCUGAACCACGGCAUGCCCCUGUCCCUGAAAGACAACUCCUCUGUCAAAUGUGAAUCAGAUUCCGUAUCAGGUUUCCUGUUGUCAGUCAACGCCAGCUCCAACAUCACUAAGCUGAGGAUCCCCUACCCCCAGACUGGAACCUGGUACCUCAGCCUGAGAUCCCUCUGUGCCACCGAACAUGGGUUUGAGCCGUGUCCCAACAUGACAGCGGAGGUGUACCUGCGCUCCUACCUGACCCCCUGCGUCAAUGACUGUGGGACCUACGGACAGUGCAAACUGCUACGGACUAACAACUAUCUGUACGCUGCCUGCGAGUGCAAAGCAGGCUGGGACGGCUGGGGCUGUACCGACCCCUCGGAGGCCUAUUCCUAUGGUUUCCAGCUCCUGUCCACCUUGCUGCUCUGCCUCAGUAACCUGAUGUUCGUUCCUCCCGUGGUGAUCGCUGUCCGCGGCCACUACCUUCUGGAGGCCUCCGUAUACAUCUUCACCAUGUUCUUUUCUACUUUCUACCAUGCGUGUGACCAGCCUGGUAUCGUGGUGUUCUGUAUCAUGGAAUACGAUGUUCUCCAGUUCUGUGACUUUCUGGGUUCCCUCAUGUCUGUCUGGGUCACCGUCAUCUCUAUGGCUCGGCUCAAGUCUAUCAUUAAACAGGUGCUGUAUUUGCUCGGGGCCAUGACUCUCUCCAUGGCCCUCCAGUUGGACCGUCACGGCCUGUGGAACCUCCUGGGACCGUCCCUCUUCGCCCUGGGCAUCAUGGCUGUAGCCUGGACGGUGCGUACAGUACGGCGGCGCCGCUGUUACCCUCCAACCUGGAAGCGCUGGGCGUUCUUUCUGUUCCCGGGGACGAUGAUAGCGGUUUCAGCCGUGGCGCUCUAUGCCUUCGUCGAGACAGAGGACAACUACUUCUACAUACACUCUAUCUGGCACAUGCUGAUCGCCGGCAGCGUGGGCUUCCUGCUCCCUCCCCGCGCCAAGCCCCGCGCCAAGCUCACACCUCUGAAACGUCGGAGGGGGUGUGGCUACCAGCUGUGCGUCAACGAGCACGAGGAGAUGGGAUUGGUGGACCCGGUCCCUGCCAUAGUCGCUAUCAAUAGUAUUAGUAUCAGCUGAUACCUGAGAUCACUAAAUCUGACUGACUGUACCAGCUGAGGAGGGGAUCUACCACCUACUGACUGACUGUACCAGCUGGACGUGGGAUAUACCACCUACUGACUGACUGUACCAGCAGGACACGGGACCUACCACCUACUGACUGACUGUACCAGCAGGACACGGGAUCUACCACCUACUGACUGACUGUACCAGCUGGACACGGGAUCUACCACCUACUGACUGACUGUACCAGCUGGACAUGGGAUAUAGCUCCUACUGACUGACUGUACCAGCUGAGGAGGGGUUCUAGCACCUACUGACUGACUGUACCAGCAGGACACGGGAUCUACCACCUACUGACUGACUGUACCAGCUGGACACGGGAUCUACCACCUACUGACUGACUGUACCAGCUGGACAUAGGAUCUACCACCUACUGACUGACUGUACCAGCUGGACAUAGGAUCUAGCACCUACUGACUGACUGUACCAGCAGGACACGGGAUCUACCACCUACUGACUGACUGUACCAGCUGAGGAGGGGUUCUAGCACCUACUGACUGACUGUACCAGCUGGACAUGGGAUAUAGCUCCUACUGACUGACUGUACCAGCUGGACGUGGGAUAUAGCUCCUACUGACUGACUGUACCAGCUGGACGUGGGAUCUACCACCUACUGACUGACUGCACCAGCUGGACGUGGGAUCUACCACCUACUGACUGACUGUACCAGCUGAACAUGGGAUAUAGCUGCUACUGACUGACUGUACCAGCUGGACGUGGGAUAUAGCACCUACUGACUGACUGUACCAGCAGGACGUGGGAUAUAGCACCUACUGACUGACUGUACCAGCUGGACGUGGGAUAUAGCACCUACUGACUGACUGUACCAGCUGAACAUGGGAUAUAGCUCCUACUGACUGACUGUACCAGCUGGACGUGGGAUAUAGCACCUACUGACUGACUGUACCAGCUGGACGUGGGAUAUAGCACCUACUGACUGACUGUACCAGCUGGACAUGGGAUAUAGCUCCUACUGACUGACUGUACCAGUCGAUUACAUCACUGACUGACUGUACCAGUCGAUUACAUCACUGACUGACUGUACCAGUCGAUUACAUCACUGACUGACUGUACCAGCCGAUUACAUCACUGACUGACUGUACCAGUCGAUUACAUCACUGACUGACUGUACCAGCCGAUUACAUCACUGACUGACUGUACCAGCCGAUUACAUCACUGACUGACUGUACCAGCCGAUUACAUCACUGGCAUGACUGUCUGACUGAUUAGCUGGCUGACUGGCUGGCCUAUUGGCUGACUGGCUGGCUGAUUGGCUGACUGGCUGGCUGACUGGCUGGCUGAUUGGCUGACUGGCUGGCUGACUGACUGACUGGCUGACUGGCUGGCUGACUGACUGGCUGGCUGGCUGGCUGACUGACUAUCUGACUGACUGGCUGAUUGGCUGACUGGCUGGCUGACUGACUGACUGACUGACUGACUGGCUGGCUGACUGGCUGGCUGACUGGCUGGCUGACUGGCUGGCUGACUGACUGGCUGACUAUCUGACUGACUGACUGGCUGACUGAUUGUCCUUCCAUUGCCUUCUCUCCCCGGGGAUUCAGACGGAAAACAAAGCCAGAGAACUUGAAACAACUGUAAUGUAACUAGUUAAAGCAGGCGAAACACUUGAGUCUGUCUGUCUGUCUGUCUGUCUGUCUGUCUGUCUGUCUGUUAUAGUCAUGAUUAUUCAAUACUACCAUAAUUAUAUUAUUAUAUUAUUAUAUUGAUCUGUUACAGUCAUGAUUAUUCAAUACUACCAUAAUUAUAUUAUUAUAUUAUUAUAUUGAUCUGUCACAGUCAUGAUUAUUCAAUACUACCAUAAUUAUAUUAUUAUAUUAUUCUAUUGAUCUGUUACAGUCAUGAUUAUUCAAUACUACCAUAAUUAUAUUAUUAUAUUGAUCUGUUACAGUCAUGAUUAUUCAAUACUACCAUAAUGAUAUUAUUCUAUUGAUCUGUUACAGUCAUGAUUAUUCAAUACUACCAUAAUUAUAUUAUUCUAUUGAUCUGUUACAGUCAUGAUUAUUCAAUACUACCAUAAUUAUAUUAUUCUAUUGAUCUGUUACAGUCAUGAUUAUUCAAUACUACCAUAAUUAUAUUAUUCUAUUGAUCUGUUACAGUCAUGAUUAUUCAAUACUACCAUAAUUAUAUUAUUAUAUUAUUCUAUUGAUCUGUUACAGUCAUGAUUAUUCAAUACUACCAUAAUGAUAUUAUUAUAUUGAUCUGUUACAGUCAUGAUUAUUCAAAACUACCAUAAUUAUAUUAUUCUGUUGAUCUGUUACAGUCAUGAUUAUUCAAUACUACCAUAAUGAUAUUAUUCUAUUGAUAUUGUUGGAGCGUACAGUGAGAGACGAAGCUGAGAGCACAGCUGCUACCUGGCGGUGACUGUAACAUUAGGUCUGUACGGUGCCCAUAUUAGGACACCGUCAGUCUCAGCAGGCGUUAUUAGGUCCUGGUAAGACUGAGGAUGUCCUAAUACAGACACCAUAGGUGUUUUAUUUAAUGAUGGUCUGCUUUUCAAAUGGCACCUUGUUCCCUUUGUAGCUGUACUAUUGUUGACCAGGGCCUAUAGCUGCUGGUAUUGACCAGGUCCUAUGGCUGCUGGUAUUGACCAGGUCCUAUGAUAUUGACCAGGUCCUAUGGCUGCUGGUAUUGACCAGGUCCUAUAGCUGCUGGUAUUGACCAGGUCCUAUGGCUGCUGGUGUUGACCAGGUCCUAUGGCUGCUGGUAUUGACCAGGUUCUAUGACUGCUGGUAUUGACCAGGUCCUAUGACUGCUGGUAUUGACCAGGUCCUAUGGCUGCUGGUAUUGACCAGGUCCUAUGAUAUUGACCAGGUCCUAUGUCCUGCUGGUAUUGACCAGGUCCUAUUAUAUUGACCAGGUCCUAUGUCCUGCUGGUAUUGACCAGAUCAUAUGGCUGCUGGUAUUGACCAGGUCCUAUAGCUGCUGGUAUUGACCAGGUCCUAUUGGCUGCUGGUAUUGACCAGGUCCUAUGGCUGCUGGUUUUGACCAGGUCCUAUGGCUGCUGGUAUUGACCAGGUCCUAUUGGCUGCUGGUAUUGACCAGGUUCUAUUGGCUGCUGGUAUUGACCAGGUCCUAUUGGCUGCUGGUAUUGACCAGGUCCUAUGGCUGCUGGUAUUGACCAGGUCCUAUUGGCUGCUGGUAUUGACCAGGUCCUAUUGGCUGCUGGUAUUGACCAGGUCCUAUGGCUGCUGGUAUUGACCAGGUCCUAUUGGCUGCUGGUAUUGACCAGGUCCUAUUGGCUGCUGGUAUUGACCAGGUCCUAUGGCUGCUGGUAUUGACCAGGUCCUAUGGCUGCUGGUAUUGACCAGGUUCUAUGACUGCUGGUAUUGACCAGCUCCUAUAGCUGCUGGUAUUGACCAGGUCCUAUGGCUGCUGGUAUUGACCAGGUCCUAUGGCUGCUGGUAUUGACCAGAUCAUAUGGCUGCUGGUAUUGACCAGGUCCUAUGUCUGCUGGUAUUGACCAGGUCCUAUGUCUGCUGGUAUUGACCAGGUCCUAUGUCUGCUGGUAUUGACCAGGUCCUAUGUCCUGCUGGUAUUGACCAGAUCAUAUGGCUGCUGGUAUUGACCAGGUCCUAUGGCUGCUGGUAUUGACCAGGUCCUAUGGCUGCUGGUAUUGACCAGGUCCUAUGUCUGCUGGUAUUGACCAGGUCCUAUAGCUGCUGGUAUUGACCAGGUCCUAUAGCUGCUGGUAUUGACCAGGUCCUAUAGCUGCUGGUAUUGACCAGGUCCUAUGGCUGCUGGUAUUGACCAGGUCCUAUAGCUGCUGGUAUUGACCAGGUUCUAUGGCUGCUGGUAUUGACCAGGUUCUAUGGCUGCUGGUAUUGAUCAGGUCCUAUGAUAUUGACCAGGUCCUAUGUCCUGCUGGUAUUGACCAGGUCCUAUGGCUGCUGGUAUUGAUCAGGUCCUAUGAUAUUGACCAGGUCCUAUGUCUGCUGGUAUUGAUCAGGUCCUAUGAUAUUGACCAGGUCCUAUGAUAUUGACCAGGUCCUAUGGCUGCUGGUAUUGACCAUGUCCUAUAGCUGCUGGUAUUGACCAGGUCCUAUGGCUGCUGGUAUUGACCAGGUCCUAUGGCUGCUGGUAUUGACCAGGUCCUAUGGCUGCUGGUAUUGACCAGGUCCUAUGUCUGCUGGUAUUGACCAGGUCCUAUGGCUGCUGAUAUUGACCAGGUCCUAUGGUAUUGACCAGGUCCUAUGGCUGCUGGUAUUGACCAGGUCCUAUAGCUGCUGGUAUUGACCAGGUCCUAUGGCUGCUGGUAUUGACCAGGUCCUAUGGCUGCUGGUAUUGACCAGGUCCUAUGAUAUUGACCAGGUCCUAUGGCUGCUGAUAUUGACCAGGUCCUAUGGUAUUGACCAGGUCCUAUGGCUGCUGGUAUAGACCAGGUCCUAUGUCCUGCUGGUAUUGACCAGGUCCUAUGUCUGCUGGUAUUGACCAGGUCCUAUGGCUGCUGGUAUUGACCAGGUCCUAUGAUAUUGACCAGGUCCUAUGGCUGCUGGUAUUUACCAGGUCCUAUGUCCUGCUGGUAUUGACCAGGUCCUAUGGCUGCUGGUAUUGACCAGGUCCUAUUAUAUUGACCAGGUCCUAUGGCUGCUGGUAUUUACCAGGUCCUAUGUCCUGCUGGUAUUGACCAGGUCCUAUGGCUGCUGGUAUUGACCAGGUCCUAUGUCCUGCUGGUAUUGACCAGAUCCUAUAGCUGCUGGUAUUGACCAGGUCCUAUGUCCUGCUGGUAUUGACCAGGUCCUAUAGCUGCUGGUAUUGACCACGUCCUAUGGCUGCUGGUAUAGACCAGGUCCUAUAGCUGCUGGUAUUGACCAGGUCCUAUGUCCUGCUGGUAUUGACCAGGUCCUAUAGCUGCUGGUAUUGACCAGGUCCUAUGGCUGCUGGUAUUGACCAGGUCCUAUGGCUGCUGGUAUUGACCAGGUCCUAUGGCUGCUGGAAUUGACCAGGUCCUAUGGCUGCUGGUAUUGACCAGGUCCUAUGACUGCUGGUCAACAUAGUGCUCUAUAUGGGGAACAGGCUGCCAUUUGGAACCCAGCCCUGGUCUUCCUCUUGAAGACCUUUCUAGCGUGUUGAUUGGUCCUGUUGUUUGUACACAGGAAGGGAAUUAAAUACAACAAGGGCACGUUAUAGUUGUUUUUCAACAUACUAUAUUUUGCACUGAGACACAAAAAAUGUUAUAAUACUGUACAUUUCUUUUUAGAUGUGUGUAUAAAGCCUCACCGGUGCCACAUAGUCCAAAUGUAUAAAAUAUUGUUGUACUGUGGAAUGUUAAUAGUCUUUUGGAUUGCAACGUAUCGCCUUUACACACAGUCUGCUGGUUGUCAACACUACAGGCCAUAAAGGAGGGGCAGCUGCCAUAGAAUUACAGGCCAUAGAGCCUACAGAGGGGAAGCUGCCAUAGAAUUACGGGCCAUACAGCCUACAGAGGGGAAGCUGCCAUAGAAUUACGAACCAUAGAGCCCACAGAGGGGAAGCUGCCUGCCAUAGAAUUACAGGCCAUAGAGCCCACAGAGGGGAAGCUGCCUGCCAUAGAAUUACAGGCCAUAGAGCCCACAGAGGGGAAGCUGCCUGCCAUAGAAUUACAGGCCAUAGAGCCCACAGAGGGGAAACAUACUGCAAUAGAUCUGUAGUAAGGCCAUAGAGGGGAAGCUGCCUGCCAUAGAUCUGUAGUAAGGCCAUAGAGGGGAAGCUGCCUGCCAUAGAUCUGUAGUAAGGCCAUAGAGGGGAAGCUGACUGCCAUAGAUCUGUAGUAAGGCCAUAGAGGGGAAGCUGCCUGCCAUAGAUCUGUAGUAAGGCCAUAGAGGGGCAGCUGAUCGUAUAAAACUACAGUUUGGCCAUAGAUCUAUAGGCCACAUACAGAGAACAGACAGUACAGGCCAUAAUGUACAGAAGAGCAAUUGAUUGUUUGUAUCUACGUGAAUGAGGUAGAGCUAUAGUAUGGCCAUAUCAAGGGGCAGGUGAUUGUUUGUACAUGUAGCUACAGUAUAGCCAUGAAUAUUGCUGCCGUUAGAGUUUAGGCCAUAGAGGGGCAGUAAUGCUAGAUAUGUUAUGUUCAUUAGAGCUACAGUAGAGAGACAGAGGUAUUGCCAAAAGGUUUACUCCAGAGAUAAGAGUAUUGACCAUACUUACAGAGAGAGGCAGCUGAAAGAUACAGAAGGCCAAAAGGUUUACUCCAGAGACAUCACAAGAAGACCUCAAACCUCAUGUUGUUACAGUCAGGACCUGUUCCCCACUGGAACAGAGAAUUCACUAUAAAUAAAUGUUUCUUUUUUUCUGUACUCAA